GUAACAGGCUAAAAGAUCAAUUGUGUAAAUUUAUUUUGAUAACAAUGCAUUUUAACGCAAAUGUCAAUUUUUUCUUAGGUAACGUAGUUACAUAUAUAUAACUACACCAAACAAUGUAAUCCAUGUACUGUCACAUUCUAUUUUUAGAUUUUACUCGCCAAUACAACACAAGGAUUACUUUGUUACAAUACAAUAAAUGACAAGAGGAACAGGGGGACCCAGGAUAAUACUGAAGUGACAGCUGAUGUGAUUAUACAAUCAGUAACUCCAGAACAGGAUAACAGAUUGUCUAAUGGAUGUCAACAAGUGGCCAAUCUUCAGCAUCCUGAACAUAGCUAAUCUGCUGAAAAUCAAAAAGAUCUGUGUGUUUGGAAGUUCCGGUAAUGAAGCUGUUUAUAUCACAGAUGAUGAUGAAGUGUUUGCCUUUGGAUCUAACUGCAGUGCCUGCCUAGGUCUAGGUGAUGCUGGAAGCAGCUUUGAGCCAAAGAAGAUAGAAGUCUUAUGUAAGAAGAAUGUAGUAGAUAUAGCCUUUGGAAGUGGACCUCAUGUUCUAGCCGUCACCGCUGUUGGUGAAGUGUACAGCUGGGGCCAUAAUGGUUACUGCCAGCUUGGUAAUGGAGGCUCAAUGCAGGGACUCUUUCCCUUCCUUGUCAGCACUAACCUCCAGGGCAAGAAGGUUACCAAGGUCGCGUGUGGUAGCCAUCAUUCUGUUGCCCUCACACAAGAAGGAGAGAUUUACGCAUGGGGACAGAACAACUGUGGACAGGUGGGGUCUGGUACCACCACUAACCAGUCUACACCCAGGAAGGUCAUGGCAGUCAUAGGAACCAAGUUUGUGACGUCCAUCGCUUGUGGUCAGACAUCCACGAUGGCCCUAAUGGACAGUGGAGAGGUGUUUGGCUGGGGAUACAAUGGAAAUGGUCAGCUAGGACUGGGCAAUAAUGUAAACCAACCAAAUCCCUGUAAGGUACAGGGUCUACAGGGCAUCAUCAUCUCACAGUUGGUUUGUGGGUAUGCCCACACUCUAGCUUUAUCUGAUGAAGGAGUCCUGUACACAUGGGGAGCCAACUCCUAUGGACAAUUGGGGACGGGAAACAAGGCAAACCAAGUGGCUCCGACCAGGGUGGAAACUAAAGGGGAAAGGAUGGUGGAAGUUGCAGCAAGUCAUUAUGCUCAUGUUUCGUCGUCACUGACAGAGACUGGGAAUGUAUAUAUGUGGGGUCAGUGUCGCAGUCAGUCCAUUACCUCGGCCAUUCUCACCAAGUUCCACUGCACAGAUGAUGUUCUCUCUGCAUUUGCUUCCCCUCCUGUCACGUGGAGGAUAUACUGUGUGGAUCAAAUGCGGGGAAGUAAGAUUGCAGAGGAUGUUACCAGAAAUUUUGAUGAUUCGACAACAUCUGACAUAAAGUUUAUUGUAGAAGGAAAAACUAUACAUGUCCAUAAAGCUAUACUGAAGAUAAGGUGUGAACAUUUUAAAACUAUGUUCCAAUCUUGCUGGGAGGAGGAUGGCAAAGAUUUCAUUGAGAUCAGCCAGUUUAGUUACAAUGUAUACCGGGCAUUCCUCCAAUAUCUGUACACAGACGUGGUGGACCUGAGACCAGAGGAAGCUAUAGGCCUUUUGGACCUUUCCAACUCUUACUGUGAGUGUUCACUGAAGAAACACUGUGAGCAGAUCAUAAAGAAAGGCAUCACCGUGGAAAAUGUUGCCAUGUUGUAUGCUGCUGCCAUCAAGUUUGAGGCCAAGGAGCUGGAAGAUUUCUGUUUCCGUUUUGCCUUGAAUCACAUGACAGUCGUCACUCAAUCAGAGGCUUUCGGUAAUUUAGACGAAGUCAUUGUCAAGGAGUUUAUACGCAAGGCUGCUUCUUGUGGAGCCUUCAAAUACUGAAGUACUUCAAACAUACUGAAGUACUUCAAACAUGCUGAAAUAUUUCAAACACAAAAUCUUUUUAUGUUUGUUUAAAAUGCAAUAGUAUUGCUUUAGCAUUUUUGUGUGGUAAGAUCGAAGUACCUAGAAUUAUUAGCUUAUAAUUUCUCAAUGUAGGAUGAUGUACAUUUGGCCCAGCAAAUAAGCAUUUAGUUAUUCUUCUUAAAGUUACGGAUGAAUCAAUCAGAUUUCACUGAAUUGGAGUUUGUUUGUUAAAAUGUUGUCAUACCUGUCAGGAAGAUUGAAGAAAUUGUAUCAAAGAUAUUGACAAAAGCUACAAGUUUACAUUGGUGUGAAUUACAGCAAACGAUACAGCAAAAGAAAGAUGCUUUCCUAAAAUUAUAUGAGUAAAUUAAGAUACAAGUGUUGAUGGUAUGUGGUUUAAAUAACAAUUUGUUAUAAAAUCUCUAAUAAAAACAAAGAUUUUUACUUAAAUUACAAAACGUUAUUUCAGCAUAAAUAGAUUCUCUCAGAAUCCAAAAGACUUGACUUUCUGAAAUUUGCCAUGGUGAUAAACUGCGAUGUGUAGGUAUGUAAUAGGGGUUUAAAAAGUGUCUAAAGUCAAUGUCAAGGUCACUGAUACCAAAUAGACCGUACAGCUGAGGGUAUGAAAUUUUACAUGAUGAUACACUGUGUUAUUUAAAUGUGCAAUAGUGUUUUUGAAGUUUUUGAGGGUAAUGUCACUGAUAUUAACAAAACAAAAAGGGGGGGGGGGGGGCGGUAUGGUUUGGGAAAUGGAGGCCCUUGCUGACACAAGUCAGUGUUCUAGUUAUUGGAGUACCUGGUUAUUCGGGGUCCCAGUCAGUCUUAGAACCUGGUCAUUCUGGGUACCUUCCAACUUUUAGUGUUCCCUAAUAUGAAUUAAAUUUUAAGAGCUCAUCACGAAAAAACCCACAAGGAUUCCUGGAUGCUGUUUUGCAUAGAUAAAACUUUUUAAACACUGUUUGUUACCCAAUAAACCAUCAUGGUAGAAAUAUAUAUUUAUAUAUAUGGAUGAAAUUGUAAGGUUUACUUUUUAUAUGGGAUAAGAAUUAUAUCAUAUCAACCUUUCCAUAUCAAUGAAUGACAUUAGACAGGACUAUUAUUUGUCAAGCAGAGUAUACAGGAUAUCUAUAUCAGCACUGGGUUUCUGAUUAUGCCAAUAUCAAAGAUAUUUGUAUUUUAAUCAAUAAUGCAGUUUUUGCAUUUGUGUGGAUAUAUGUCUUGUUGAUUUGGAUUUUAUUGCAUAUCAGAAAGUUUAAUGUAACACACACUCAAAUGAUAAAGAAAUGUUAUAUUAAUACAUAGGAUACACAAACGACAUCAGUAUAUAAAUUUCGUCUUUGAAAACCAUCAAAUAUUUUUACACAAUUUGAUAUUAUAAUAAGAAAUACAGAGUUAUUGGAAUAAUUUUUAAUAUCAUUAUGAUAUGUAUCUAGUAUUGAUUUAAUGUGUACAGCUUUAUCUAGGCUUUGGUUUUACAUUGCCUGUUAAAAGACUUUCAAACCAUAAUAUUCUCAUGUCCAAUCUGUAAAUUAAACGAGAAGUUUCCCUUAACAGUACCAUAGUUUACCAUGACAAGCCCAUACCUGGUAAUAAGCUCUGCCCUGUAUUUGGUAGUAAAUUUAUAGAAUCUAUCACUCCUGUGUGAUGUAGACAGAGAAAUAGAAUCUAUCAUUCCUGUGUGAUGUAGAC